AUGAAAGGCUUGGAGUCCUACUAUCAACCGGGCGAGAAUUGGGAAGGCAUACACCGCUUUGAUCCAGAUUAUACCUGGGACCCGUCCGUGGAGAAGAGACUCGUACGGAAGAUCGACUGGAGAAUCUGCUCAUUCGCAUGUCUAAUGUUCUUUGCUCUCCAACUCGACCGCGGAAACAUAGUACAAGCACUCAGUGACAACAUGCUCAAGGAUCUCAAGAUCACCACGAACGACUACAAUUACGGUCAAACCAUAUUCUACCUGUCCUUCCUCUGCGCAGAGCUCCCUUCACAGAUGAUCUCGAAGAAGCUCGGUCCCGAUCGAUGGAUUCCAGUGCAGAUGGUGUCGUGGAGUUUAGUGGCCAGCAUGCAAGCCUUCCUGAGCGGCAAGACAUCGUUCUACAUCUGCCGCUGCUUGCUCGGCGUCAUCGAAGGCGGCUUCAUCCCGGACACCAUUCUGUACCUGAGUUACUAUUACACCAGUGGGGAGCUACCAAGGCGUCUGAGCUGGUUUUGGGUCGCAUACCAGUCUACGCAGAUUGUGUCAGCCUUCCUUGCUUUUGGCUUUCUCCGUCUCCGAGGAGUUCACGGGCUAGCUGGGUGGCAGUGGCUUUUUGCGCUCGAGGGUACAAUUACCGGGCUGAUUGGGAUAUUCGCUUGGUUCUAUCUCCCUCCUAGUCCCUACCAGACGGCAAGCCGAUUUCGGGGCAAACAUGGAUGGUUUACGGUGGAGGAGGAGAAGAUCAUUGCUAACCGCGUCAUUCGUGAUGACCCGUCCAAAGGUGACAUGCACAAUCGCGAAGCAUUGAGCUUGAGAAUGCUCUGGGAUUGCUUGACCGACUGGCAUAUGUGGCCUGUUUACCUCAUCGGCCUCAGCUGGACAAUUCCCACGACGCCCAUCACUGCCUAUAUUACUCUGUCCCUCAGGUCUGCCGGAUUCGGCACUUUCGAGACGAACCUGCUCACUAUACCAGCGUAUGUGUUAUUCAUACUGCAGCUGCUGUUCUGGACCUGGUUGUCCGAGAAGAUCAAUCAACGCCUGCUGCUUGGUGUCCUUGGACAGCUGUGGGUUUUGCCGCUGCUUAUCACGCUUGAGCUCAUUCCUUCCAACACCACGCCAUGGGGCAUCUGGGCCUGCGCCACGCUCUUGGUCGGCUACCCUUAUAUUCACGCCAUACUGGUCGCCAUCACCAGUCGCAACGCAGGAACCGUCCGGACCCGGACUGUUGCAUCGGCAAUGUACAACAUCUGCGUACAAGCUUCGAACAUCAUAUCGUCCAACAUUUAUCGUCAGAAAGAUGCACCCUGGUACCGCACGGGUAACAAGGUCCUGAUUGGCAUCUGCGUGUAUAACAUGUUUCUCUUCAUUGCUGUGAAAGGCUUCUAUGUCUACGUCAAUCGCUCCCGUGAGAGAAUCUGGCGCGGCAUGUCCGACGAUGAGAAGCAGCACUACCUGGCUACAACGAAGGAUCGCGGCAACAAGAGGCUUGACUUCCGAUUUGCGUCGUAG